AUGACUCAUUAUCAAGGUUCUCUAUCACAAAUUUAUAAUGAAAGUCUGAGGAAUGAGUGUGGUUCAGUUCGUUUCGCCCUAACACCAAAAAUGAAUCCGUCUGAUGGUAAAAAACCGCUGAAAGCAAAGAAAACAGGAUCGGAGUCUCCACGCAGAACGAAAGCGGAAGAAAGAAAAUCGAUAGGAACUUCAACCGAAUCAGGAUCUUUUGAACCAAUUAAUGAAUUGAAACAAAUCGAAAAAAUGCUUGAUGGGACCUUACCAAGGAAGUUGAGAAGUGAGCCACUGUAUAUGAAAGGAGCAGUUGCAUUAGCAGAAAAAGUGAAAGGAAGGAAACCGUUGAAACCAGGCAGUCGUGAAAGUCUCAGUUCGGAUGAAAUCAUUUACCCAUUUUCUUACGAUGAAAAUGUCAAGAAGAAAAGUGUGAAGAAGAGAGUGGUAGAGCCAUUUCCACCGGGGAUUGUGCCAUUUCUAAAGGAUGACACUUGUGCCGGAAUCGUAGAAAUGAAAGGUGUUCGAGUCACACGACUUCCAUACAGUAGGAUGCCGAUAGUUACUAGCAAUAAUUGCAAUAAUAACCAACUUUUCGUUGACAACAUGCCUUUUUGGUGGGAUCCGAUGCCAUCGGAUAUCACGGACGAUGAAAUCGUGAUGAACGCUGCUGUUAUUAUAGAAGUACUUGAGAAUCGCUUAGAUCUCGUUCCAAUGCCGGAUAUCGAAAUUGUCCUCGAUCCAAUGCAGGAAGUUUCCAUACUGCAGAGACGUGAUGCUCAGUGCUUCACCAAGGAUAUUGUUUUUGGGAACACUGUUCGUAGUAUGGUGAAUAUGAAUGAAUUGUCGUUGCGAGAACUGCAAGAACGAAGCGUAAGGAAAUUCCGGAAGAAAUCUUUCCCCAUAAAUCCGAACAAGAAUGAACUUGAGACAUUACAUAUAAAGGAACCAAUAAGAUAUACUUUGUACAGUCGUAACGACUACAACGAAAAAUCCGUCGAGGAUUUCACGCCGACAAAACGUGGACGAUAUUCCAAAGAAAUGGCGUGCGAUCUUAAUAUCAGCUCUAUUGUUUCGCUGCUGCCUGGUACUUUGCUCAGUGCCGAACAUAGUCGCCCUGACUUAUGUCCACCUGGAUGA